UCGCAUUUCCCAUUUCACUCACUCACUCUCUCAACUUCCCCUCUCUCUCUCUCCCUGCAUGCAAUCGGCGUUGCUCUCUCCCCGCAUUUUCGCCGGAAAUGACGAACAAGGGCAAGCAGGUCGCCGGAAAAGACUCCGCUGGCAAGCGCAAGGCCAAUUUCGACGAUGAUAAGACCGGCGGCGGUGGAAAACGGAAGAAUCGUGGAGUGGUUCAGUUCUUCGAAGAGGCAGCUGCCGUUGACGACUACGACACCGAUAACGACACCGACGACAGCAAUUUCGAUGAUUUGUUUGGUGAUGAGUAUGAAACGUUGUCGACGAUGUUGAACGAUACUAAUGCUAGUGCUAAGAGCCAGAGUAGGCCCGCAUUUGUCCCCAAAGAGGAGGUGGUGGAUGAAGAAUUUGAUAGAUUUUUGGAGGAACGCUAUGCAGGAGGCUCUAAAUUUAGCCACUUCGCGGAUGAGUACGAUGACAAACCAAUGGACCCUAGUUCUAUGCAUCCCGGUGCUAAGGAAGUAACUCCUGCAAUCUGGAAAGUCAAAUGCACUGUUGGGCGUGAGAGGCUUUCAGCUUUCUGUCUGAUGCAGAAGUUUGCUGACAUGAAAAAACUCGGGACUAAUUUGAAGUUAAUAUCUGCAUUUUCUGUAGAUCAUAUGAAAGGAUUUGUGUACAUGGAGGCUGAUAAACAGUGUGAUAUAAACGAGGCAUGUAAAGGGCUUACUGGUAUCUAUGUUACUCGGGUGCAACCUGUUCCACCAAAUGAAGUUUAUCAUCUGUUUUCUGUUAGAAAAAAGAGCCCUGAUAUUUCUGAGGGAAUGUGGGCCCGCAUAAAAAGUGGCAAUUACAAGGGUGAUUUGGCUCAGGUCGCGGCGGUCAGUAAAAAAACUACAGUCAAGCUUAUUCCAAGAGUUGAUCUACAAGCAUUGGCUGCCAAAUUUGGUGGCGGAAAUAGUCGUCAAAAAACUGCUAUAGCGGCACCAAGAUUAAUCAGCUCAAGUGAACUUGACGAAUUUAGACCUCUCAUCCAGUUAAAACGUGACCGUGACACGGGGAAAGUUUUUGAGGUUCUUGAUGGCAUGAUGUUCAAGGAUGGAUUUGUAUAUAAGAAAGUAUCUCCGGAUUCAUUAAGUUUAUGGGGUGUUGUGCCAACAGAAGAGGAGCUGUUGAAGUUUGGAACUUCUGAAAACAAUGAAUCAACUGAUUUGGAGUGGCUGUCGCAGCUUUAUGGUGACUCAAAGAAAAAACGGGUUGUAAGAGGAGCUGAUAAGGGUGGUGAGAAAGGAGAGGGCACAUCAAGUUCCAGUGUGGUAAAUGGUUUCGAACUGAAUGAUCUUGUGUGCUUCGGCAAGAAGGACUUUGGUGUGAUAGUAAGCAUGGAUAAGGAGGAUUGCUACAAGAUUCUGAAAGAGGGUUCAGAUGGUCCUGUUGCUGUGACUCUUGAAAGACAUCAAAUAAAGAGUGGGCUAUUUGAUUUGAAACUUACUGCCCAAGAUCGCCAUUCGAAGACUAUAUUGGUUAAUGAUAAUGUGAGGGUUCUGGAGGGUCCGUCUAAGGAUAAACAAGGCAUUGUUAAGCACAUAUAUAGAGGGAUUGUCUUUUUAUACAAUGAAAUUGAGGAAGAAAAUUGUGGUUACUUCACCGCUAAAUCUAGUGUGUGUGAAAAAGUCAAACAUGGUGUUGCUGAUUGCAUUGGAAAGGAUGGUGAACCAGGCCCUUUAAUCUUUGAAGACCCACUCGAAGACCCACCAACGUCCCCAAGAUCUCCCCUCUCACUAAAAAAACCAUGGCAAGCAAGAGAAAAUAAUCGUGAAUUUAACCGUGGGGACCAAGACAGCUUGUUUGCUAUUGGUCAGACCUUGAGAAUUAGGAUAGGUCCUUUGAAGGGGUACCUCUGCCGUGUCAUUGCCAUCCGUCGCUCUGAUGUUACCGUGAAACUAGAUUCUCAGCAAAAGGUUCUUACAGUUAAAUCUGAGCACCUUUCUGAGGUUCAAGGGAAGAGCACUGCUGUGUCAGCAAGUGUUGAUCCAGAUUCAAGUUCUUUGAAGCCAUUUGAUCUGCUUGGUACUGAAGGUAGCUCUGGAGGUUGGAUGAAUGGAGUGGGAGCGUCCACGGGGGGUGGUGGAUGGAAUGCUGGAGGGACGUCAGCUGGAGAGUCCACAGGGGGUGGUGGAUGGAAUGCUGGAGGGACGUCAGCUGGAGAGUCCACAGGGGGUGGUGGAUGGAAUGUUGGAGGGACGUCAGCUGGAGAGUCCACGGGGGGUGGUGGAUGGAAUGCUGGAGGGACGUCAGCUGGAGAGUCCACAGGGGGUGGUGGAUGGAAUACUGGAGGGACGUCAGCUGGAGAGUCCACAGGGGGUGGUGGAUGGAAUGCUGGAGGGACGUCAGCUGGAGAGUCCACAGGGGGUGGUGGAUGGAAUGUUGGAGGAACGUCAGCUGGAGAGUCCACUGGUGGUGGUGGAUGGAAUGUUGGAGGGACGUCAACCGAAAGGAGUGCAUGGCCUGACUCGUCUGCUCCAAGCUUGUUGAAGCCAGAGUCUACCGCAAACCCCUUCGGUUCUGAGGGUACAGAAGAUACUGCUUGGGCAACUAAAAGUACUUCAAAUCAGAAAUCCUCAUGGGGUGCUGCAGUGGAGAAUAAUAGAGUCACUUCUGAUCCAGUUGACUCUGGUGGCUCGAAAAAAGGAGGAGGCAGCUGGGGUCAGGCUGAAAAUAGAAGUGGAAGUAUGGAUGUUGGCAAUCAGAAUUGCGCAUGGAAAAAUAAAACAAGCGAUUUGGAUGGUAACCAGUCCUCACAAUGGAAUACAACUAAAGCUUCUGAAGAGGAGUCCCCUGGUUGGAGCAGUGCCAAAAAAUCAAAUGACAGUCCAGCAACUGGAUGGGGUCAAGGCAGUGGUGUUAAAAGUGGAUCAGAUGGUGGAGCAAACUUGAGUUCUGCAUGGGGUGGUUCGAAAUCUGGAACAAGUAAUACUGAUGUUGGAGCAGGGUGGAAUAACAAGCCAAAUAAGGAUGGAAACAAGGCAUCUGGUUGGGGUCAGGCAGGGCAUAAAAGUGGAGGUAUGGAUGCUGACAAUCAGAAUAGCACAUGGAAAAAUAAAGCAAAUGAUUUGGAUGGGAAUCAGUCCUCAGGAUGGAAUGCAACCAAAGCUUCUGAAGAGGAGUCCCCUGGUUGGGGAAGUGUCAAAAAAUCAAAUGACAGACCAGCACCGGGAUGGGGUCAAAGCAGUGGUUCUAAAAGUGGAGCAGAUGACAAUCAGAAUAGCACAUGGAAAAGUAAAACAAACGACUUUGAUGGGAAACAAUCCUCAGGAUGGAAUGCAACCAAAGCUUCUGAAGAGGAGUCCCCUGGUUGGAACAGUGCCAAAAAAUCAAAUGACAAUCCAUCAACUGGAUGGGGUAAAAAUGGAGGAGGAGGCUGGGGUCAGGCAGGGGAGAAAAGUGGAAGUAUGGAUGUUGACAAUCAGAAUAGCUCAUGGAAAGGGGGAUCAAGUUUUGAACAAAAUCCAGAAUCUCAAUGGGGUUCUGGCUCAGGUAAUACUGAUGAUGGAGCAGGUAGAGGGAAUUGGAGAGGUGGCCGUGGCACUGGAGACUCCGAUAGAGGUGGCUUUAGAGGUAGAGGCUUCCGAGGUAGAGGUGAACGUGGGGGCUUUGGGGGCCGGGGAGAACGUGGUGGUUUUGGUGGCCGGGGAGAUCGUGGGGGCUUUGGUGGUCGAGGUAGAUCAGACACUGAAGAUUCUGGUGGAAGAUGGGGAUCAGACAGAGGCUUUGGUGGCCGAGGAGAUCGUGGGGGCUUUGGUGGUCGAGGUAGAUCAGACACUGAAGAUUCUGGUGGAAGAUGGGGAUCAGACAGAGGCUUUGGUGGCCGAGGAGAUCGUGGAGGCUUUGGUGGUCGAGGUAGAUCAGACUCUGAUGAUUCUGGUGGAAGAUGGGGAUCAGACAGAGGCCGAGGCCGUGGCCGUGGCCGUGGAAGGUUUGACCAAUCUGGUGGUUGGAGCAACAGACAGGAUUCAGGUGAGGAUGGUUCCUCUGAUUGGAAGAAGGGGGCAGAUAGUGUAGAAGGAGGGAAGAAUAAUAACGGAUCUGGGUCUUGGAACCAGGAUAGUGGUGGCAAGAAGGGCUGGAGCCAGGGAAAUGCAGAUGAGCGUCCAAGCUGGAGCCAAGGAGGUGGAAGUAACAAGCCAUGGCAGGGUGGUAGUUCAGCUGGUGCUGGGGCUAGUGGUGGUGGUUGGAAAGGAAAUGAUGACAAAAAGGACGGGCAGAGCUGGACCCAGGGCAAUGCAGGUAAUGAUCGCCCAAGCUGGAACCAAGGAGGUGGAAGUAACAAGCCAUGGCAGGGUGGUAGUUCAGCUGGUGCUGGGGCUAGUGGUGGUGGUUGGAAAGGAAAUGAUGACAAAAAGGACGGGCCGAGUUGGAGCCAGGGCAAUGCAGGUAAUGAUCGCCCAAGCUGGAACCAAGGAGGUGGGAGUAAUAAUAAUACCCAGGGGGAUGGGUGGAACAAAGGAUCUAGCUCAAGUAAUACUACUUCUGGGGGCUGGAAUCAAUCUAGUGCUGCAGACAUGGGUCAAUCAACUAAUUUGAAUGAAUCAGCCGAUGCAGGUUCCUGGGGCAAGAAAAAUGAUGGGGGUAACAAAGGUGGGUGGGGGUAAUUGCUGUCUGGAACGUAUUUAUAUGUAUGGACCAGAGAAGGAGAUUCGAGCAUAUGCAUUUCUAGUUACUGUUGGGAAACUUCUUUUGUAAAUCCGCACUUUUCUGCUCGAUCUUGGUGUUUAUAUUAUCUUUAACUUAAUGCUUUUCGAACA